AUGAGGAAGAAGAGGACGAAGAAAGUUCUUCCUGCAGAUUCUGAUGACGACCCGGACCCCCCAUCUGCGUACCAACGUGAUCAUGCCCCUGAUGAAGAGGGAUGGAGUAGGUGUUUGGAGGACCUCAGCUUCAGGUCAUUCAGGGGGAAGAACCAUGGGCCAACUUUCAAAAGGAAGAAGACUCCACUGGAGUACUUUUUCAAGUUCUUUCCCCUGGUGCUCUUCAUCUCCAUGGUCAAAUGGACAAAUCUGAAGCUGAGGGCCAGCCGACAGCAGUUGACAAGUCUCCAGGAGCUGAAGGCAUGGUUUGGAAUACACAUAUUGAUGGGCCUUGUCAAAAUCAACAACUGCAAGGAUUAUUGGUCAUCGCAUCCAGGGCUGAGGAACACACUAAUCUCCACUACGAUGAAGAGAAACAGAUUUGACAUCCUCAGCCAACAUCUAGCAUGCAACAGGCCAGAAGACGAUCCUGAACUCAUCCGAGACAAGGCCCAUCGAUAUUUAUCCAAGCGUACCAAACCCCUUUAUCCCCUACAGCCGUUGUGGGACAAGGUUCGGAGACGUUGUCUCAAAAAUUACAAUCCUGGCCGAGAAUUAGCCAUCGAUGAAGCCAUGAUUAAGUAUCGUGGUUUCAAAUCCAGCGUGAGGAAGUUCUUUAUGCCGCUGAAGCUGAUUCGUGCUGGAUUUAAAAUAUAUGCCAUAGCUGAGUCAGCAACCGGGUUCUUCUUGAACUUUAUGAUUCAUCCCCAUGGAGAAAAGCCAGCAAAGAUGGUGGAUAUUGCGAUGGAUGUAGCUAAGCAGCACUUGGGGAAAUACCAUCACAUUUUCACUGAUAAAUUGUACACUUCUGUAAGCCUGGCACGCUUACUUCAUUCAAAGCGAACAUACUUGACGGGAGCAGUGAAAAGCAACAGUAAGGGACUGCCCCACGACUUUUCACCAAAGCAAAAUAAAUUGAAAAGGAUGAACAAAACAGCUCGGGGCACCUUUUACACCCGCCAGAACGGCCAACUUACUGCAACUGUGUGGAAGGAUAGCCGGGUCAUGAUGUUGCUGUCCACUGCUCACCAAGGAUGGAAAGACCCGGUAACACACACCCUCAACAGAAAAUGUACUGAUGAAGCGACAGGUCGGUUGAAGGCCAAGGUCAUCCCUGCUCCUCCUCAAGCAGUAGAUUACACCAGAUGCAUGGGAGGAGUAGACCGAGGCGACCAGCUCCGAUCUUAUCAUACCUGUGCGAGGAAGUCGCAAUACUGGUGGCGGGGCAUUUUGUUUUUCCUGAUAGAUGUCGCCAGAGUAAAUGCUUGGUUGGCAUUCAAGCAUCACCACCCAAUUACCACGAAUGACAGCAGCAGUAGCAGUGACGAAGAUAAGGAAAAACAAAAUGUCCCCCAGACAACCAAGAAGACCACCCACAGCCAGUUUGUGUUGCAGUUAGCCAAUGGUCUCAUUGAUGGAUUUGCCAGGGGAGACACUCCAAGGCAAGUUGUAGGAUCCUGCCCUGUCCCCGCACACAACGCUGCAGGCCACUUCUCAACAAAGAUGCCUGGGCGGUAUGCACGGUAUUGCCGUGUGUGCAGGAAGAGGAACGUGACAACCAAGAGUGGCAAACCAAAGACAACGAGACGAGGCUGCCCAGUAUGUGGAGUAAGCCUCUGCCCAGGUGAAUGCUUCCAGCUGUACCACCAAGCCACUGCACCACCGGCUGACUCCUCCACUGCCACCAGCACCGAGUAA